AUGCUUAGCAUAAAUGAAUUAACAUGCAGAGUUUGUCUGCAAGAACAACAAAUAUUAAUUAAUGUCUUCGAUGAGUUAGAAGAUCUGGAAACUAGUCUUAGCGCUCUGCUAGAAAAAUGUGGUGGCAUUCAGAUUACAGACAAUGAUAUAUUUCCAAAAUAUCUGUGUGAAGAAUGUACCCGAGAGCUGCUAAUUGCAGCAAAAUUUCGUGAUAAAUGUGCCAAAUCAAAAGAAGUUUAUGAUGACCUUUUACAAGAGGGCAAUGUUGUCGUUCCUAACCUCAGCGAUGCUGAAGAGGAUGAAAGCAAUAAUAAAGAUCAGCAGAUCAUUGAGUACUCCAUGAAUGCAAAUGAUUAUUCUACAAUUGAGACUGAACACCCUGAAUCGAAUAUGGCCAAUGAUAAUUUACUUUCUUUGAUAGAAAAUAAUGCACAUGAUGAUGAUAAUGUGGAGGAGUUGGAAAAUACCAACAUUAUUGAAGAGGAAGUCGUCAUGGAUGUUGUCCAAUUUCCACCAAAUUGUAAUUCAGAGGAUAUUGUCCAAGAAAUAAUAGAAAAUAAUGAUGAAACUGUGUUGGCUACCACUACCGCCUUUGAUGAUACCAAUGAAAUUGUGGUCGAAGAAGAUUCUUCCCUUAUAAACUAUGAAGCAACAUCAAAUGAUUUUCAAGUACACAUAGAUCUUUCGAAUAGUGCAUUCAUCAAAUCAAUGCCCAUCAAAGUGAAAAAGCAAAAAUCCUAUAAAUGUGAUAUUUGUGGAGCGGCCUUCGUCCAAUCCAUUAAUUUGCGAAAACAUCUGCAAAAGACACAUGCCCUUACACAAUGUUAUGCCUGUACGAUAUGUGAUCAUUGGUUUUCUUCGGAAAUCGAAUUAUUAAAACAUGCCAAAGAUUGUAAGGAAUUAAGUUCGGAUGGUGAUGAUGUUGCCGCCUCCGUUGACGAGACAAAAAAGAAAAAAGUAUUAAACACAAAUUAUAACAAUGAGUCCAUAGAAAAUCAUCGAAGAUGUGUUUAUUGUGAGCGUGUUUUUCAAACACCCUUUGCUCUAAGAAUGCAUCUGAGAACCCACACAGGAGAAAGGCCUUUUCAAUGUCAAUAUUGUGAAAAGUCAUUCAAGACCCAAUCAUCUUUGAAUUAUCAUGUUAAAAGACACACCGGCCAGCCCGAUUUCGCUUGCUCUGUUUGUGGAAAAUCUUUCUAUGAAAAAGGUAACUUGGAUGUUCACAUGCUAACACAUACCGGAGAAAGGCCACACUCGUGUACCGUAUGCCAAAGAAAAUUUACUCGUGUAUUUCUCUUGGAAUUACAUAUGAGAACGCAUACGGGAGAGAAACCAUAUCCAUGUAACUUUUGUGAUAAAAGUUUUCGGCAACGAUCCGAUUGGAAGAAUCAUUUAACCACCCACACUGGUAUCAAACAACAUAAAUGUAGUUUUUGUAAUAAAAGUUAUAUGAAACGGGCAUCACUGGUACAUCAUAUGCGUAAGCAUUCCAUUCUGCAAAUCGAUUCGGAUAAUUUGAUGGAUGAACACGAACAGCAUUCAUCAUCCGGCGAUUGCGCGGCUGAAAUCAAUAGUUUCGAUGAUAUCAUAGAAAACGAAGAAGAUGAAGAUUUUCAAAUAAACGAAGUAACUUAA